AUGAAUCUGCCUGGUGGGCAGCUGGCUCAUGCAGAGCGCAACCGCCCGCGCUGUGGAACAAAUGAGACCUUCGAUUCGACAUCGACCUUCAUAGGCUCCGAAAGGUGUGAUAAAUGGACGGAGGUGAAGGCGUUCGAAUACCAGCUCAGUGCAGACGAUUCACUUUCAUCACAUCCAGCGUCCGCCACUGGAGACGAAACAGGACAGCCGUUUCACGAGCAAGCAACACCCCGGCGGUGGCAAAGCUUUUGUCUACAUUGGCUUACAGCGUAUCGAGUGUUGAUCUUCGUUAUCAUUUUGAUCAAUGUAGGAACGAUGAUCGCACAGCUGGUCGCCAAUCCAGCAGUAGAGGCGUCCCUUACGGCCGCAGCUGUCAACAUUAUGACCGCUGUCGUGUUGCGGCAAGAGGACCUCAUCAACUUCAGCUUCAAGCUCAUCUCCAAGCUACCACCAAGCCUGCCACUGUCCAUUCGUAAGACGGUCAGUGACUUUCACCACUACGGAGGCGCGCACAUUGGGUGCGCACUAUCAGCAAUGCUCUGGUACAUCAUGUUCACUCGUUUGAAUACCGGUCGCGUCCUCGGCCUCCUUUCACUGGGCCACAUGACCGCACUGCUGUACAUCGACAUCGUCACAUCGUACACUGUCUUACUCGCCAUCCUCGUCGUCUGCCUCACAGCCAUCCCGCGAUUCCGCGCCCGCUUCCACAACACCUUCGAAGCCACCCACCGCUUCGGAGGCUGGGCCACCCUCAUCAUCCUCUGGAUGCACGCCGGCAUCACCACCCUCACCCCAGACGCCUCCGUACCGCUCUACGCGCACCCCUCCCUCUGGCUCCUGGCCCUCACAACGCUCCUCCUCGUCCUCCCAUGGCUACGCAUACGCAGCGUUCCCAUCACCGCGCACCGCCUCUCCGCACGAGAACUCGAACUCUCAUUCCCCCACGCCCGCAUGCCGCACACAUGCACGCUCCGCUUCUCCAGCGCGCCGCUCACGGAAUGGCACGCCUUCGCCACCAUCCCCGCCAGCGGUUCGACGAGCAAGAUCAUCGUCUCAAAGGCGGGCGACUGGACAGCACGCGUGUUCGCGAAUCCGCCCGAGCGGCUCUGGAUCCGCGACCCGCCGACGCUCAAUUUCCUCGCUUUCGUCCCGUUGUUUAAGGCGGUGCUGCUCGUUGCGACUGGCGCGGGGAUUGCGCCGGUGCUGUCCCUGCUCUGUUCGCCGGCCAUGCAGCGUAUGAAUGCUGAGCGUCGCAAGGUACGUGUUAUGUGGUGUGUCGCUGAUCCGUAUGCGGCGCACUGGAGCUUUGCGAUGGAAGCGAUCAAGGGUGUUGAUAAGCAGGCGGUGGUCUUCGAUAGUAGGGUUGCGCGGCCGGAUGUUGCGUUUGAGACGCGCUGGCUGGCGGAGAGAGCGAAUGUGGAGGCGGUGUUUGUCGUUAGUAAUCCAAGGGUUACGAAUGAGGUGGUGCGGGAGUGCAAGGUGGGUGGGUUGGCGGCGUAUGGGGCGGUGUUCGAUUCCUGA